AUGGCCGAAGUAUUCGGGAUCGUGUCGGGUACCGCUGGCAUCGUAUCCGUCUUUAGCACCUGCAUGGAGUGCUUCGACUACGUACAGACCGGCCGCCGCUUCGGUAAAGACUUCCAGGUCGACCUCCUGACGCUCAGUCUCCUGAAGCUGCGGCUAUCCCGGUGGGGCGAGGCAGUCCAGAUCUACGACGAUCCGAAGCUGGGCCACCCCGAGGCAACCGACACCGACGUGCAGCUGGCUGAGAACACGCUCCGCCAGAUCUUGGUCUUGUUCGAGGACUCGAACAACAUCUCCAACAAAUACCGGCUUGAGGCCAGGCAGGGCGAGGACCUGACGCCGCUCACGCGCGGCGAGAUGGAGCCGAGGUUCGCCGCCAUAGACAACAAGAUGAAAGCCUUGGCCGAGCGGCGCCAGAAGUCGACCGGCUUCCGCAAGCUCGCGUCAUGGGCCCUGUACCACCGGGACCGCUAUAACGACCUCGUGGAGGGGAUCACGAAGCUCGUCGACAACCUCGAGCAGGCCUUCCCGGCGCCUGAGAAGGCGAAUGCUCUCGCCAAGACGGACACCGAGCAGAUCAGCGCGGGGCCGCCGGCGGAGCAAAAGGAUACACUGAAGCUACUCGGCUUCCUGGCCGCCAAGGUCGACGGUGCCGUCGGUGCGAAGGCCGUGAAGGCCGUAGAGGCCGCCGCCAACCAGGGCAUCUCGAUAGGGUCUGUAGACACGACGGACAAGGCGAGGUUUCGGAGCGGUGAUUUCGUCAGCACUGCUUGGAAAGGGGAGACGAGUCUCCCUCAGAGCGGCAUCACCGUGGCUAUCGGCUCCCUGCGCGCCGGAGGCGAGUCGCGGGUCAUGGCUGGCAACAUGUACGCCGAGAAAGAUAGCUUCUGGGACUGA